AAGACGCCAUUUUGUCAGCCAUUUCCUCCACUGAUCCAUCGCCAGCGUCUCUGUCCCGGCCUCAGCUUCAUCUGCCCGGGCUUUGGUAAACAGCAGCAGACCGUCCUGCACAACACACGGUACCCGGGUGGAUGAGAGACAGUCUAGAGGGUCGGUCGGUACCCAUUAGACCUCUGGAAGGCGCUUGGCCCCGCAGGACAAGAAGUGGUCCAAGUCACAGGCGAACAUGGCUCUGAAGAUUGUCAAAGGGAGCAUCGAUCGGAUGUUCGAUAAAAACCUUCAGGAUUUAGUACGUGGCAUCAGGAAUCACAAGGAAGAUGAGGCCAAGUACAUCUCCACAUGCAUCGAUGAAAUCAAACAGGAGCUCAAGCAGGACAACAUCGCUGUCAAAGCCAAUGCUGUGUGCAAGCUCACCUACCUUCAGAUGCUGGGCUAUGAUGUCAGCUGGGCCGCUUUCAAUAUCGUUGAAGUGAUGAGCUCCUCCAAGUUCACAUACAAGAGGAUUGGCUACCUGGCGGCCUCGCAGUGCUUUCACGAGAGCACUGAUGUGAUCAUGCUGACAACCAAUCAGAUCCGAAAGGAUCUCAGCAGUCCCAACCAGUAUGACACAGGUGUCGCCCUCACCGGCCUCUCUUGUUUUGUGACCCCUGACCUGGCUCGGGACCUGGCCAAUGACAUCAUGACACUGAUGUCCCACACUAAACCCUACAUCAGAAAGAAAGCGGUGCUGAUCAUGUACAAGGUGUUUCUGAAGUACCCAGAGUCCCUGCGACCCGCUUUCCCCCGGCUCAAGGAGAAACUGGAGGACCCAGACCCAGGUGUCCAGUCUGCAGCAGUAAAUGUUAUCUGUGAGCUGGCUCGGAGGAAUCCCAAGAACUACUUGUCUCUGGCCCCACUCUUCUUCAAACUCAUGACCUCAUCUACUAAUAACUGGGUUCUCAUUAAGAUCAUCAAGCUGUUCGGUGCGCUCACUCCUCUGGAGCCGCGGUUGGGGAAGAAGCUGAUCGAACCUCUGACCAACUUAAUCCACAGUACCUCCGCCAUGUCUCUGCUGUAUGAAUGUGUCAACACCGUGAUCGCAGUGUUGAUUUCCUUGUCCUCUGGGAUGCCUAACCACAGUGCUAGUAUCCAGCUCUGUGUGCAGAAACUGCGAAUCCUGAUAGAAGACUCGGACCAGAACUUGAAGUACCUGGGCCUGCUGGCCAUGUCAAAGAUCCUAAAGACCCACCCCAAGUCAGUGCAGUCCCAUAAAGACCUCAUCCUCCAGUGUCUGGACGACAAGGACGAGUCCAUCCGCCUGAGAGCUCUGGACCUGCUCUACGGCAUGGUAUCCAAAAAGAACUUAAUGGAGAUUGUAAAGAAGCUGAUGCUGCAUGUGGACAAAGCAGAAGGAACCACCUACAGAGAUGAGCUGCUCACCAAGAUCAUAGACAUCUGCAGCCAGAGCAACUACCAGUACAUCACCAACUUUGAAUGGUACAUCAGCAUCCUGGUGGAGCUGACCCGGUUAGAGGGCACACGACACGGCCACCUCAUUGCCUCCCAGAUGCUGGAUGUGGCUAUUCGGGUCAAAGCCAUCCGGGUCUUUGCUGUUGCCCAAAUGGCCACUCUGCUGGACAACGCCCACCUGAUGACGGGCAACGUGCAGCGGAAGGGCAUCUGUGAGGUGUUGUACGCAGCAGCCUGGAUCUGCGGGGAAUUCUCGGAACACCUGGACAACCCGAUGCAGACGCUAGAGGCCAUGCUGCGGCCAAAGGUGGCCACCCUACCGGGCCACAUCCAGGCAGUGUAUGUGCAGAACGCAGCCAAGCUGUUUGCCACCGUGCUGAAGAACCAGGAGGGGAACACGGAGGGCACCGCGGCACAGGAAACCAGCCAGCUGAUGAUAGACAGGCUGCCGCUGUUUGUCCAGAGCGCCAACCUGGAGGUGCAGGAGAGGGCGUCUUGCAUCCUGCAGCUGGUCAAGUACAUCCAGAAACUGCAACAGAAAGACGUAGAAGUAGCGGAGGAAGUCAUCGCUCUGUUCGCUGGAGAACUCAACCCUGUAGCCCCCAAAGCACAGAAAAAAGUGCCUGUUCCUGAAGGUCUGGAUUUGGAUGCCUGGAUCAACGAGCCUCCAUCUGAGAGCGAGUCUGAGGAUGAGCAGCCCAAGGCUAUUUUUGCCAAGGAGGAGACCAAACACUCCCGCCCCCGCCACACAGAGGUGGACGAGAAAGAGCUGGCAAGGAGGAGAGAAGUCAGAAAGCAGGAGCAAGCCAGCAACCCGUUCUACAUCAAGGCCUCCCCAUCCUCUCAGAAGGUGUACCAGGAGGCUCCCGGAGUGGACCACAUCCCAGUCGUGCAGAUUGACCUCAGUGUGCCUCUCAAAGUCCCAGGUCUCCCGAUGUCUGACCAGUACGUGAAACUGGAGGAGGAGCGUCGGCAGAAAGACAGAGCGGACAAGAAGAAGAAGGAGAAGAAGAAGAGGAAAGAAAAGCGCAGCGGACGAGGGAAGAAACAUGAUUCAGGCCCCGAGAGCGAGGAGGACAUCACGCCUGCGCACAUGGUCGACAUCGUUACCGAGGAGAUGCCAGAGAAUGCCUUACCCAGUGAUGAUGAUGACAAAGAUCCCAAUGACCCUCACAAAGCCCUGGACAUCGACCUGGACAACUUGGUGGAGAUGGCUGGGCGAAGGCCACUUGCCGACAGUGAGAAGCUGCCAGUCAGGUCCCAUCGUGCAUCAGAGGCUCUCAAAAGCCCCGCUGAAGAUGGCGACGCAGAGAGUGCUGCUUCACAGGAGCCCAAGAAGAAGAGCAGCAAAGAAAAGAGAGAGAAGAAGAAGGAUAAAGACAGGGAUAGGAAGAAGAGCAAAGACGAGAAGAAGAAGAAACACAGACAUGAAGAAAAGGGGGAGGAUCUUCUUGGGGGUCAGGCAGAUGAGCCUGUGGUCCAAUCAGAAGAAACCAGUGAGGUGGUGGCACCGCCCGCCUCCAACACUGCUGAGGUUUCGGAUCUGGAUUUCUGGCUCUCAAACGCUCCAGUGCCCUCUAACACCCAGGAAGCAGCCACCUUACCAGCAGCAGUAGCAGCCCCCGUGCCUGAGACGGCCUCUGGCACGGCGCCAGACUCCGAACCCGAUGAGCCCAAAGACACCGAGCCGGAGGAGACUGAUAAGAAGUCCUCCAAACACAAGAAGAAGAAGCAGAAAAAGGAGAAGGAGGAGAAGGAGAAGAAAAAGAAGAAGAAGCAUCAUCACCACCAUCGCCACAGUGACGGAGGCGUGGAGGAGUCUGUGCAGAAUGGCACCGUGGAGGAGGAGGAGGAGGAGGAGGAGCCUCUGCCGCCCAUGUCCAAUUACUGCCUGCUGGCUGAGAACUCCUACAUCAAGAUGAUGAUGGAGGAUGCCGAUCAGGAAAAUGACAUCCAGGGAAACCUGCAGGAUGGCAGUCAGGUGGUGGUGUCUGUUAUAUUUGAAAACAAGUGUGACAGCUUCCUCAAAUCCAUGGAGUUCAACGUCCUGGACUCCCUCAACUCCAAGCUGCAGAGGGCAGAGGGCUCGGGUCCACAUGAUGGCCUCACCGUCCCCUUCCAACUUCCACCGGGGGUGUCCAACGAGGCGCGAUUUGUCUUCACUGUGCAGAGCAUCGUAAUGCCACAGAAACUGAAGGGAACCCUCACCUUCAUAGUAAAGAAUGAGGACUCCUCCACUCACGAGAAACUGGACUUCAAACUGCACUUUACCUGCUCAUCCUACCUAAUCACUACUCCUUGCUACAGUGAUGCGUUUGCAAAGCUGCUCGAGUCAGGGGACCUGAAGUGCAGCUCGGUCAAACUGGAGGGAGUCAUCAUGCCCUUCCACCACCUACUGGCCAGGAUCUGCUUCCACCACCAUUUUUCUGUUGUGGAGAGGGUCGACUCCUGUGCCUCCAUGUACAGCAGGUCUAUCCAGGGUCACCACGUCUGUCUGCUGGUCAAAACUUCUGUUCAGACAGUGACCAUUGACGCUAAAUGUGACGAGCCAACGCUGCUUGGGAAUGUGCUGGAUGAGAUCAAGCAGACCUUCUCUCAGUGCUGAUUGUGUCCGACAGCCCCAGGGUGCCCCUGACCCCUCCAUACCACCCCCCACCCCCCUCGCUGAAACACAACAUAAUCAUGUUAUGAAACACUGCGGCUGGCACAUCCAGUAUCGCCCUAUUUAUUAGUCCUCAGAUUCGCAAGAUUUCUAUCCCCUUACCUUCUUCUUCAGUGUCCCACACUCUGUUAUUCCGCUGCACUCUGAGCUCUGUGGUCACUCCCCGACACUUGAUGUUGUUUUACAGACUCGCUGUGUACAUGCGCCGUCUUCUCUGCAAAGCACUUUCAUCUUCACUUCUGGUUUUUUUAUUAACUCCAACAAGCCACCCUGUUCUUCCCCGACUCUGACUCUGACUCGUGCUCCUGUUUCUGGAUACCCUGCAUCCUCUGCUCUGUCCCGCGUACGUCCGCCCUCCACUUUGUCAGCAGUUCAGUCUGUGACAGUCGUGUAAUGUAAUGUUGACAACUGGACUUUUGCUGUUGAUGGUUGAAUUGUGAUUUUACUGUUUUUGAAGGUUUAUUUUGUCUUUGGUUUGUUUUUGUUGUUUUGUCUCUUUUUUUUCUUUUUUUGUCUGAAACCUGUCUGCGCCUUUGUCUCGCCCCCUUCUUUCUGCCCACUAAACAUCAGUGUAAAUUCUUUCUGCUCUCUAAAUCUGUGUGCGUGUGUGUGUGUGUGUGUGUGUGCGUGUGUGUGUGCGUGUGUGUGCGCGUGUGUGUGCGCGUGCGUGCGCUGCUCGGCAUUGUAGUCCUGGGGGAAAAAAACGUGUGACUGACUCUCUCUUAGACUGGUCCGAGCUGGAUAAAUGGGGACACUCACCUGCUCACAGUUAACAGCCGCAGUGAGAAUAGUGCAGAGAUGAAACCACAGCUACAUAUAAGGUAUCGGAUUUAAACUUCUGUCGGAGCCGUUGCCCCACUCGCCUUUUUGGCUCAGAGCAGAUCUGCUAGUGUUUGUUCGGUGAUUUGCACAGUAGAUCCAUGGUUUUUGCUCUGUGCCUUAGCUGUGCAGUCUGACCUACUCCAGUGCUCCGUGAGUCUUGUAGAGCCCCCCACCCACCCACCCUCCCUCCCUCCAAGACCUUGCAACAUAUCAUUCCUUCAACACAUCGAAGAUUAAUUGGAAGGCAGGAGAGUAUCAAAAUAUUGAAUGAAACUCCAGAGUCAAAGUGUAACGUGAGAUUUCUAUUUCAUCACAGGACAAUUUUUGCUGUGUCACCAUUAUCGGCCUCUUCAACUCACAGAUGGUUCGGUUAGUUGUAUAGAAGAUAUUAUAUUACUGUAAUACACAGAAGGAUACUGUUAUUUCUAUGAAACUGCUAUGGUGCUGAGGGUCUUCAUUUGUGUCACCACAUGGUCAAGUUAGUGACAACACAAUCUGGCAUGAAGAGAGCUGUCCGUGUUAUAAUGCCCUGCCUCGAGUGUGGCCGGCUAAGGGACAACAAAGUUACACAGUCAACGUAUCUUUUCAUUUUAACACCUCCUACAGUUUGCAAGUUGUGCUCGCUGUGAGCAGAGAGCAUUACGCGGUCAGUGGUUUUAGGUUCCCUUUCAAUCAGUAUUGGGCAACGCCGCUUCCAAAUUAAGGAAGCGGCCACUCUGUGGACAGCAGAGUGCAGUUUUGUCUGUCUUCAUGUGAGACAUUUACGCCUGUGCCACGUUGACGUUUGCAUCACAGUAACCGACUCCCACCUGGCGCGGACCCAGAUAAACUCCCAAUGUUUCUUUUCCCUUCAGAAACUGCCUUGCACAUUGACAUGUUACAAUGAACACGAAUGGCCAUUUUCAGACGAAAUGCCUCCUCUUGGGAAAACUCUGAGGUACUUGGAUAUUUUUAGUUUGUGUCAUUCAUGUCUGAGGUCACUACCCGGUCCAGCACGACUUAACCUUGUAGUAGCAAGAUAAAAAAAACGACUUGGUAGCGUCUCUGAUCAUAUAUAUAUAUAUAUAUAUAUACUGCUAAGGCCCUCUUCAUAUCUGUCUGCUAUUGUAGAUAACUACUAUGAUAAUGAUGUCUGUGACCUGAAGAUUAGGUCGGCCAUUCCACAAGAUAUUCUGUCCUGUGAUAGUCUGAAUACGGAAGUGAUCAGCUGUAGUUCAGGAAUGUCAAUAGAAGAUAUGUAUGUAUUCCCUGUUCCUGAAAACGACUGAUAAAAGAGGAAACGGCUCCCCUCAUCAUACAUUGUCCUGAUUCUGAUCUUUUUCUUGUGCAUACUAUUUGAUUACAAUUUGUAUAUUGCAUGAUUAGGAAUGUACACUUUUUAUUUCCUUUUUUUUUUUCCCCUGUUCCAUUGACAUGCUUACAGAACAACAACUUGUCAUUCCAAUUUGUCCUUUUUCUUUAUAGUUUUUUUUUUUUUUUAUGAAGUUUACUUGACCAUUCUCUAUUUUUGAUGGUAUUGUGUUUUUAUCUAUUCAAAGUUCAGACGAUUAAAAAUAAUUGAUAUUGUUGAAUGUUUUAAAUUAUUAAACCCAGGGGGAGGAAGGCGGUUAUGUUUGGUGUCAUGACACUGAGGGCAUGGGGCUCCGAAUUCUAAGUUGAGUUGACCAGGUCACAUGAAGCAGUGUACUGAGAGGCAACACACGUUGUCUUAAUUCUAUUAUUGGUUCAGUUGUAGUGAGUUAUUUUACCCAAGUUUGGCUUGUGACAUUGAAGUAUACUCUCGUAUGACUCUGACUUUGGAAGGUCCUGUCUGUUUAUUUCUCCAUUUUCCAUUAUCAAGCUGUACAAUGUAAAAUGUUUUAAAGGGGACAACAUAAAUUAUCUAUAUUCCCUUUAAGGAAAGUCAACCCAAAUUGAAAAAAAUAAAGGCGUAAGAAGCUG